UUCAGAACCUGAGGCCCUCCUUAUCUUGAGUGCCAUUCAGGGUUCAUUCGGUACUGGGGGUACUGUGUCUACUCAACUAUUUGCUAGUUGCUUGUGAAUCCUGAUGAAAAGAAGUGUUAAGAAUGCCACGGGUUGUCCUUUUGUUGUUUUUUGUAGAACUACUGCUUAGAUCAUCUCACCUUAAAAAGCGUAAAUACGUGUACCUAACACAUGUUGAGUUCUAGCUAAGUGUUUUAGACAUGUACUACGUGUUAAGUAUUUUAAUAUGUUGUUUUAGUCAUAAGUCAAUUCAACAAGAUAGGCAUAAUUAUUCCCAUGCUACAUGGGAAUCUGAGGCAUUUAAAGUUAACAUAGUGCUUACCUCAUAGGGUGAUUAAAUGACAAUGUAAAUAAAGUGUUUAGUGUGGUGCUUGGCAUGUAGUAGUAUGAAGUUAACAAAAGGUUUUGGUACCUUAUUUUGAAACUGAUGAUUUUCAGGAGAAGAUGGGUUAAUUGGCUAAAGACACAGCUAAUAGGUAGUGGACCCAGGAGUCUUGACUUUGAACUCUGGUUCUUCUCCAAAGCCAUCUCUUUGAACCUGGGCUUUGUUAUGCCUCCCAUGUGAAUAAUUCCUUGGAACAUUGUUCUGAAGCUUUAUGAGAAAAUGUCUCUUCAUGUUCUUAGCUUAGUGCCUGGUACAUGCUAUAAAUAAUGUUAGUGUGUGCUCUCCUUUCCCAAAACCAACACACAGUUUCCAGGGUUUUGCAGAACUGUUACUCCAUCCUUAUUGAAAAAGCAGAGCAUUUCUCAUGGGUCACUGGAGGAACCUCUGCUGGUUCUAGGGUGAAGGCCAUGCCGCCCCCUGGGAAAGUUCCCCGAAAGGAGAAACUGGGGCUGCAGUGUGAGUGGGGGUCCUGCUCCUCUGUGUGCUCAGCCAUGGAGGAGUUCUGUGAGCAUGUCACUCAGCACCUGCAGAAGUACUUGCACAGCUCAGAGGAAGAAGAGGAAGAGGAGGAGGAUCCCUUGGAGGAAGAAUUCUCCUGCUUAUGGCAGGAGUGUGGCUUUUGUUCUCUGGACAAUUCUGCUGAUCUUGUCCGCCAUGUUUACUUCCACUGCUACCACACCAAGCUGAAACAGUGGGGGCUGCAGGCCCUGCAGAGCCAGGCUGACCUCAGCCCCUGCAUCCUGGACUUCCAUAGCCGCAACAUCAUUCCUGACAUCCCUGACCACUUCCUGUGUCUGUGGGAGCACUGUGAGAGCUCCUUCGACAAUCCUGAGUGGUUCUAUCGGCAUGUGGAAGCACACAGCAUGUGCUGUGAAUACAAAGCAGUUGGUAAAGACAACCACGUGGUGCUGUGUGGCUGGAAAGGUUGUACCUGUACCUUCAAGGACCACUGUAAGCUUCGUGAGCAUCUGCGUAGCCAUACCCAGGAGAAGGUGGUAGCUUGCCCAACGUGCGGGGGCAUGUUUGCCAACAACACCAAGUUCUUAGAUCACAUCCGUCGCCAGACCUCAUUGGAUCAGCAGCGCUUCCAGUGCUCUCACUGUUCCAAGAGAUUUGCCACUGAGAGGCUUUUGCGGGACCACAUGCGUAACCAUGUGAAUCACUAUAAGUGCCCUCUGUGUGAUAUGACCUGUCCACUGCCAUCCUCCCUCCGUAACCACAUGCGCUUUCGCCACAGUGAGGACCGGCCCUUUAAAUGUGACUGUUGUGACUACAGCUGCAAGAAUCUAAUUGACCUCCGGAAGCACCUGGAUACCCACAGCAAGGAGCCAGCCUAUAGGUGUGAUUUUGAGAACUGCAGCUUCAGUGCCAGAGCUCUCUGCUCUAUCAAGUCCCAUUACCGAAAAGUGCAUGAAGGCUACUCAGAGCCAAGGUACAAAUGUCAUGUGUGUGACAAAUGUUUCACAAGGGGCAAUAACCUCACUGUGCAUCUUCGCAAGAAGCACCAGUUUAAGUGGCCCUCAGGGCACCCCCGUUUUCGGUACAAGGAGCAUGAAGAUGGCUAUAUGCGACUGCAGCUAGUUCGCUAUGAAAGUGUAGAGCUGACACAGCAACUUCUACAGCAACCACAAGAGGGAUCGGGCCUUGGAGCAUCACUGAAUGAGAACAGUCUGCAGAGCAUCAUUCUAGAAACAGUGCCAGGGGAGUCAGGGCCCCAGGAAGAGGCUGAAGAGGAAGAGGAAGGCAGAGGUGGUAAGGGGACAGCCCUCUCAACCUCUCAGGACACCUCAAGUCCCAUCAUCCAUGUGGUGAAUCAGACCAGUGCCCAAGAGAUUGUCUACUAUGUGCUAUCUGAAGCCCUGGGAGAGUCCCCCCCAAGCCCCUAAGUCCCCCUCAGGGUGCAUCAUGGAAAAGCUUUAGGGAAUAGCUGAGGAGCCAGAAGUCCAGAUGGUAUGAAGGUGGUAGAGCCUGACCAUUAUUAACCCAGAUUCUAGGGUUUCACCCAGGCUGGUAGCAGUGCCCCUUUGGACAACCCUUGCCAAUGGAUGCCUUUUGGAGUGGUGCUGAGAGCAGUGUGAUCCACUCUGAAUCCAGCUUGCAUGUUAGCGGACUCUAAGGACUUUCCUUUUCUGCCAGUCCACAUUUUGGAGUCUUGAGGAGUUUUCAUUAGAGAUACAUUAGAGAUAACUAGGGAUACCCUAGUUGUGUGUUCUUGUAGAGAGAACUAGUAUUGGGCUUAAUCAUAACCCCUAGAAAUGCUGGAACAGUGAUUAAAGUCCGUAGUCAACUUGCAUCCAUUCUCAUCUUUAGGGUUUCUCAAGCCCAGGGAUGACAUGUAACUAGUCCCUGCAAUGGCCCUUUCAUCAUAGCCAGCCAAGGCAUUGUGAACCAGGCACUCAUUUCCCUCCAAAGGGUUUCUCCUACAACCUAAUGACUUCCAUAUUAUCCUCAGGGAUGAGGCUGGAGGCACUGAGUGUGUAUAGCACUUGUUUUUGGUAAUAAAAGAAAUGCUUCUGCUGUUA